UCUUUCUUAUGCGGGUGGGGCGGGAAAGGAAAGCCGGGGUCGGAGUCGGCGGCGGGCGGAGGAGCUCCGGAGCUGUGGGCUGGGUGGGUGCGUGCGGAGCUCUCGGGCCCGCCGCGGAGAAAGCGGCGCGGAGGGAGCUUGGCUACAUCUUAGGUGGGCCCCGGGUCCUCCCAUCGCCGAAUCCCGCACGGGUGAAAAGACUGCGAGUUCCUGGUGACAGUGCGGGGGCGCACUCCCGGGAUACUGAAUCACGAGUUGUGCGGGACGCGGAGGCACUCAGCUGCAGGAAAUCUUGUUUCUCCAUUUCUGGACACUCGCCUUUACCCUUUAUGAAAGUCAAGAGAGAACAUAAAAAAUGACAACAGCAGCCAGGCCCACUUUUGAACCUGCAAGGGGUGGAAGAGGAAAAGGAGAAGGUGAUUUGAGCCAACUCUCAAAGCAGUAUUCAAGCAGAGAUCUUCCCUCUCAUACAAAGAUAAAAUACAGACAGACUACUCAGGAUGCCCCUGAAGAGGUUCGUAACCGUGACUUCAGGAGGGAGUUGGAAGAAAGAGAGAGAGCUGCUGCAAGAGAAAAAAAUAGGGAUCGUCCAACUCGAGAACAUACAACCUCCUCUUCAGUGUCAAAGAAGCCUCGGUUAGAUCAGAUUCCUGCUGCCAACCUCGAUGCAGAUGACCCUUUAACAGAUGAGGAAGAUGAAGAUUUUGAAGAGGAGAGUGAUGAUGAUGAUACUGCAGCUCUUCUUGCAGAACUGGAAAAAAUUAAAAAAGAAAGAGCAGAAGAGCAGGCCAGGAAGGAACAAGAACAAAAAGCUGAAGAAGAGAGAAUUCGUAUGGAGAACAUUCUGAGUGGAAAUCCUCUUCUUAAUCUCACUGGCCCAUCCCAGCCUCAGGCCAACUUCAAAGUUAAAAGAAGGUGGGAUGAUGAUGUUGUGUUCAAGAACUGCGCAAAAGGUGUAGAUGAUCAAAAGAAAGACAAAAGAUUUGUAAAUGAUACCCUGCGAUCUGAAUUUCACAAAAAGUUCAUGGAAAAAUAUAUUAAGUAGUACAGUUUUAUGUGCUUAAUUAAAGACUGUAAAAUGUUAAGGAUCAUUUUGAUGUUUUUUUCCUUUCCCGCCGUCUAAAUGGUAUAUAAUAGAUUCUCUAAUUUUAAGUUCCAAAGUAUCUUUUCCUUUAUUGAGACUUUAUUUGAUAAUGGAUUGGGAAUAGGUUUAACUUGAUUUCUAUUCUCUGAAUGUUUCCAAUCAUGUUUUUUUUUUUUUAACAUGGGAAAAAAGAACCUGCUUGUAAUAAAUGAUUUUAAUCUAAAUAAUUGAAUGUGUGCCCCCAACUUUUCAUUGUAAUAUUUGCAGCUUAUAAAGUGUUGCAUCAUGUUUUCAAAAAAAUUAUGUGUUGUUUGUUUAUGCAUUAAAUUUUCACCUUAUUCUCUUCACUGGUUUUAAAACUAUGUUUUUCUGCUUUAUUACUCAAGUAUAUUUCACCAGAGAAAUAAGUUAAUUCUUAAUAUUUUAGGAAUUCUUGAUAUUUUCAGCAUGUGUUUUAAAGAGUGUGAUGAAAGAUUAAAGGGAUUCCAUUUUGGACCACG